GAUAGGACUGUUUCCGUAUUUGUUUAUGGAACAGUCGCAGACGAGACAGCAAUUUGCACGCAGUACCAUUAUAAAUAAAUAAAUGCAUUUGAGCUAAUCUACAACAUUCAGCUUUGCCAUGAACGUGUAAAUCUCCGUGUUAAGUAUUCGUUAAUCGGUUUCAAACAGACUCGCUACUGACGCCAUCUUUUAGCGACCGUAACCCAGUCACAAAUAGCAUUUUCUUAGUCUCUUUUUUUUUAAUUUUUUUUUUAGGUUCUCCAUGAAGCAGCUGCCCGCAGACACUGUGCGGCUGUUGUCCAGCUCACAGGUCAUCACUUCGGUGACGAAUGUAGUUAAAGAACUGCUUGAGAACUCACUGGAUGCUGGGGCUUCAACCAUUGACGUCAAACUGGAGAACCACGGCCUGGAUCGGAUAGAGGUACGUGACAACGGCCGUGGAAUCAAAGCUGUGGACGCUCCCGUGAUGGCCGUGCGCCAUUUCACCUCCAAGAUCCACAGCCACGAGGACCUGGAGCGCCUCCAGACGUACGGCUUCAGGGGAGAGGCGCUCGGCUCCAUUUGCGGAGUGGCGGAGGUUUCCAUCACCACCAAGACGGAGGAUGAAGACAUCAGCACCCAGUACACGCUUAACCCCCAAGGGCGCAUCGUAUCUCAGAAGCCAACUCACCUUGGCCAAGGUACAACAGUUAGUGUACUGAAACUUUUCAAGAAUCUUCCCGUGAGGCGACAAUAUUACUCAUCGGCUAAGAGGUGCAAGGACGAGAUGAAGAAAAUCCAGGACCUGCUGGUGGCCUACGCCAUCAUAAAACCCGAUUUGAGACUCACACUGACUCAUAAUAAGGUGGUUGUCUGGCAGAAGGCCAAGGCAGCCGACCACAGGAGCGCCCUCCUUGCUACGUUGGGGUCCAGUGUAGUUGCCAACCUACUCCCAUGUCACCAUCGCCAAGAGCAAGCCGAGAUUUUUCUAGAGGGGUUUUUCCCAAAGCCAGGAGCAGAUUCCGCUUCAACCAGUACUUCUGUUCCAGACAAAACAUUCAUAUUUGUCAACAAUCGGCCCGUCCACCUUAAAGACAUCAUUAAGUUACUUCGUCAACACUAUACUGCGCAGUAUGGAGAUGAGUCCACGCAAAACCGCUACCCCAUCCUAAUGCUUAAAAUUACCGUUUCACCGUCUUCGGUGGAUGUCAACCUGACACCUGACAAGAGCCAGGUUCUUCUCCACAACAAGGAGGCCUUGUUUACUGCGUUAGAAGCUCUGCUGGUCUCUCUGUAUGGGUAUUGGCCCAAUCGCGAUUCUCCAACAAAACAGCUCGGCCCUGAAACCUUGUUUUCACCAUCCUCAAAGACUGGCACCGUGCAACCAGAUGACGAGAUCAGUGCAAUAAAGGAUGCUGCAGGAUUUCACACCCUGAAAGAUUUUCUUGAACUAUCCAAUGGCAUAAUGAGCGACAAUCCCCCACCAAGCAGACCGACCUCGAACAGCAGCGCUUCGUCCUCGGUGGCGGAGGACUGGAUUGUCAACCAGAUGCCUGGUGGGCAAGAGUCUAACUUUUCUCUCGGUGGUGAUGAAACUGUACACUUGCCAAGUGAACUCGAGGACGACAGAAACUCAAACAGACCCCAUAUAUCAGCUGAAGACUGGAGCAAGGGCACGGCUCUGAAGGACCCGGUAUCACUAGAGCCCCUGCAGCCCGUCAAAAUUCAUCAAGUCUCCGCACCCAGUCACUCCGCUGUCGAUGAGAUCGACGAAAACAAAAAGACUAUCAAUGUCAUCACAGAAAAGCGUACCGCUCUGACCGCCUUUGACCUGAUCAGCAACCGGGCGAUGAGAGUGCCACCGUCACCGGUCGCCCUUUUCGAAAAGGAAGCCCGCGUCGAGGUUCUCAGGGAGAAACCUACCGCCAGCCUACAGGAGAUCAGCAUCGCUGUUAAUGACAGGUGGAAAAAUCUAAUGGAGGAAGACCGUAACAAGUAUGAGGAGAAGGCCAAAAAACACCGAGAACAUCAUGACCUCACUUGCGCUGCCAAACUGGCAAACUGCGGAGGUUGCUCGAAAGAGCGGCGCGUGAGCUCUGCGCUAGGCCAGAAGCGCAAGGCCCCACCGCUCUCCAACCAGCAGCUGCUGGAUGAGCUCUUCUCUGCACAGCCCCAGAAGAAGACCAGGAGCCUGACGCCUAAGCCCUCGCAGCCCCUCCCCUGUUGCGUGUCGAGCCUUCGCACACGGCUCCAGCGCCUCUCGUCAGCCCGGAACACUGCGGCACCGCAGGGCCUCCGUCUUAUAAACCCUCUGGCCUCUCAGAGUGUCUGGGUCAUUUUAUGUGGUCAGAGUCUAAUGUUGUUAAACCCCUUUCGGGUACAGGAGACCUUGUUGUUUAAGAGACUCCUGCAGAAUAAUAUACUUCCAGCAGUCACUCUGCAGAACCCUAUACAUGUAACAGAUAGAAGUUUAGGAGGAAGUGACUCCAUGGAAGCUUUGUGCAACAUGGAGAAACUCAGCCCAGAUCUGAAUGGCAGGAUGUUCAUCUCUGACCCAAGGCUUGUGGCCAAUGGAUUUAAAGUCAGACUCAAGCCAGGUAACGCGUCAGUCGAGAGACAUCUGGUAGUGACCGCGCUGGCCGACUGCGUGCCUUUCCUCGGUGUAGAGGACCUCGGGGAGAUCAUGACAGCGGUUCUUCGUAGGAAGGCCAAAACUGUGCAGGAGUGUCGGCCGCUCAAAGUGUCGAACUACCUCCAAAGUGAAGCCGUUCGACUCGCCCGACAGAUGCCUGCGCAUUUAUCCAGGGAGGACGUGGGGGACAUCCUGAGACGGAUGGAACAGCAACUUGUCACAAAUCGUUGGAGCGGCCAAUUUCCACACUACCAAUGCAUAGUAACCCGAUCUCCAUCCAUCUAUCCAAUCUGCUCCAUAUCCGAAUUCAUUAGGAAUCUGUACUUUGCUUGAGUACUGUGUCUAUGUUUCUGAUGACGUUUUACUUUUUGAAAUCUGGAAACAUAUAUACUUUCUUCCGUACGUUGUGUCUUGCGCCAGACUAAAAACCACCAGCUUCUGGCGUUCAGAAAUUCUCACAAUAAUUUGAAAAAACAAAUACAGGUAAAGUGUAUGUAUGUAUUUAUUCAUUUAUUGCCAUUAUCAUUAGCCAGUUUAGCAUUUUUGUUUUUUUCGCUCAUGCAGGACCUGUUGUCUUUUGAAUCCUGAUUUUCUUGUCAGAAUUUAUAAAGCUUGCUGCAAAGCUAUGAUUUUUCUUUUCUUCUUCUUCUCAGUAUUAACAUGACAUGCAAAAAUCAUAAAGGUUCUGCAUAGUACCUGAAUGCAGUUUUUUGGCUUGUACGCAUAGCAGACCCGCUCUUGGGUACCACUUAGCAUCCACUCUUAGUGGUUCUACAUCACAGGUGUCAAACUCAAGGCCCCGGGGCCAGAUGCAUCCCGCCACAUCAUUUUAUGUGGCCUGCAAAAGCAAAUCAUGUGUCAACUUCCAUGAUUCUUGCUAAAAUCUGUUUCACAUUUUUGUAUAAUGUUCAUAUGUAAUAAAUAGUAAUGAACUAUUGUAAGCAUGUUAUGCCUCCAAACCCCUUUUACAGUUACUUGAACAAACCAUUAUCCUUGACUUCUGAUUUCAAAACUAGUUAUCCAUCAAUUUGUUGUCUAUGUGUAACAAUAUGAUGAGGCGAUUAAACAUUGAUAUGGUUUUACAAUCAUAAUGCCCCUGUGAGGAAAACCGUAUCUACAAUGUGGCAAAUAUGAGUUUGACACCCCUGUCCUAUAUAGACCCACCCAUUAUCCAGUGGUUAUUACAAUUAUAGCACCAGAUGAAAACCAAAUGGUUGUUGGAUAUUAAUUGUAAUAUAUUAGCUAAAGAACCCCAGUUGUGUACAAUGGCGCUGUAUGGUACCAGCGUUCCUAUACAGACCCUCUGAUGCACCUUUAUUUUUAUAGUGUAUGCAAGCAAGUAAAAGAGGGUAACCAUUUUGUGUAAAAAUGAAGUUUUAUUUACAAUACGUACUUAAGCACAUUUUAGGGUCUGUACUUUUACUUAAAGAAAGGAGUCGAAUCACUACUUCCACUAACUGAGUCUGUGUUUUACACGAGUAUCUUUACUUUAGUACAGAGUGUGAGUACUUUUGCCACCUCUGAUCAGUAAAUAUUUUUGUCAUGCCACACUGGAAUAUCAGUCACAACCUGUUCUAGUGGCCAACUUAAACACUGGUUCCAAAUGCCUCCAUCGACUCGUUUCUAUCUUGAUUCACUUUUAUUUCCCAUAAAAUAGUGUCACGUGUUUAAAUCCCACAUAAUAUCAGGUUGUGACUAUGGCAAACGGAUUUAACAUGCAACAUCAUUUUGACUAGUCAAAACUUCAUUUUAGAAAUGGAAAAUGGGACAUUGCGGCAAGCCUUCGUAACAUUUAACAGCUAGCCUUGAUAAAUGUUGCAGAUAUCGGUCAUUCAUUUUUGCCUCGUCAAAAAGACCAUUUGAGAUAUCCGUAUCGACAGUCUUCCUAUCUGCAAUCGUUAUUCCAGAUAUCUGCAAUGUCAUUUCGCCCGGGACAAACGAUGUCACUUUUGCCAUUCAUGUGUAUGGAAGUGGCCAUGACACAUAUUUGCAAUUCAGAUGCUAGUAUCUGCUAUGUGAAUUACAGAUAUGUCUAAUGCCGACCAAAGCAACAAUUGGAUUCUGACUAGUCAAAACAUCUCUCAUUCACCUCAAUUCCAGAUAUCUACAUGUCCAUUAUCAGAUAUCUUUAAAUUACAUUUUAACCAGGCGUAAUGACAUUGUAGAUAUCCGUAACUGGGUCUAUGUCCUAGCUGUCAAAUCUCCCGUAUUACAAUAUUUAAAAAAAAGAACAAACUGAACUCUGUAACUAGCAUCUCGAGAAGUGCCACCUGCAGUAGCCUGGUGGACGUUCUCGCGGGAACAAACUCGAAAAACAAAUAAGAGCGCUGGAUGGACGUGGCGAAGAAGGCAAAUUUCAUUUUCUAAAGAAGAGCAAGAUGGGGCACGUCAGUCAGCAUGAAAAAUCCGUGUUCAGGGGAUGUCAACAUUUGAGAUUAGAAACACCACCGUGGCAGAGCAGAUCAUAAAAUGCGCAGGUAACAAUGGCGACGGCGUGUGCCAAAAUCCACGUUGCUUUCACCUUCUGUGACCACUUCGACGAGUUUGUAGCUGAGAUGUUCCCUGACUGUUAUCGCACCGAAAUACUCGGCAGGAAAAAAAAACAAACAAAGCGACACAAACCAUCAAAGGUAAGUUGAGUCCAGUUAUGUGUUAUGUAUGCGUAUGCCUAUUUGAUAAACAAGGUGACAGAUAUCAAACAACUCCUCCGUGGAGAUAAAAUUGACAGAUUUUGGGGGCCUGGUAGGGAAAGAUGUGAGGUUCUGUGAGCUGUCGAGACUGAUGAAGGCCUUACUAUGCAUUCCCCACAGCGAUGCCGUGAAAAGAAAAUAUGUCAAGUGUUGACUUGUUUUUGAACUGCAAAUUUGUCAAAAUAAAAAAAACUGUGCUUUAUAUCCCCU